AGGGUCCAGACUCGCCGGCUUUGCCAUAUUUGGUACUACUUGAGUACUUAAUCGCUUCAAGUUAAUCCCCUCUGUUCCCUAAACCUUGCAAUCACCAAAGCCUUCUUUCGCUCAAAUAUGUUGGUCGCACUCGCGAGGAUAGCUCGUUUUGUCAAGGUUCUCCUACAGUCGGCUUGGUCGAGAUAUCAAAAACUCAGUCUAGUCGGAAAGGCUUUGAUAUGGUUCAUUCUAUUCUUCUAUUUCUGCUUAGCCGCAUUUAUUUUUGUGGUCACUCCGGCUCACAUUGCUCAACUCAUGUACGACCUCGCUCAAGACAUCCGACAUCUUCCAUAUGGGUAUACAAUUCUUAUCGCUGUCACGAUCGCUGUAUCCUUCCCCCCCUUCAUUGGACAUACCACGCUCCUUAACUUAUUCGGUUUCACAUAUGGUUUACAAGGUUUCUUCCCUGCAGCAUUUGCAUCACUAGCAGGCUCUGCCAUUGUUUUUGUAACCCUUCGGAUCAUGUUCAGCAAGAGGCUGCGUUCAUGGACUUCUACUAAUGAGAAAUGGCAGGCUUUGGAAGCUGUGAUACGAUCAAGAGGCAUGCCCUUGAUCAUUCUCAUCCGUAUCUCCUCAUUCCCGCCGUGGGCUUGGUCAAACUCGCUAUUCGCAAGCAUAGCGCCGGUGUCAUUGUUCCAGUUCUUCAUAGCGACUUUGUUUAUUCUCCCAAAGGUUAUGAUUUAUGCGUUCGUCGGAUCUCGCAUUGCUAGACUCUCAGACGGCGAACAGAGAAAUCAUAUGGAUACUCAAACAAAAAUUGUCAACAGCCUUCUAGUUGUUGGCGGUGUCUUGAUAUCUGUUUUAGCCAGCUCGCUGGUCUAUCAUCUCAUGCAGAAGGAGAUCAAGCGUCUACAUGACAGCCCGUCAGAGGAUGACGAACUCGCUGCAGGGACACUCGAGGCAGCAGAGGAAGCGCCUUUGUUGGGAUCUGACUCUUUGAGUUCCGCGUAAAGUUUGACACCCACUUCCUUGAAAGUCAUGCAUGCACGAAUAAUA